AUGAGGCAUCCCUCCCUAUGGGAAACUGACAAAUGUCUAAUUGUCAUCAGGAUUGACAAUACUCUGUUUCGAGUCUAUUGUUCUAUGCUUGUCAAAAGGUUAGAGUACUUUACAAGGCUGUUUUCUGAUGAGGAGUUGCACGUCACCAUCGGGAAUGUCGCUGAUGCAUGGGAUGGGAAAGCUGCUGAGGUUGAAGCAACAACACAAGCACCAACUGCACUUUCCUUCUCCGCAUAUUGUGAAUGGGCUGCAAAACUCCUCAAAGGUCACUGGAGUGAAAACCUCUGUGCGAUGAAUGAAGAACACCUUCCAUGGGCAUGUGAAAUGGUUAAACUAGGGAGAAACUGGGAUUUACCUUGGGCGUUAAAGAGGGCAUUAUACGAGAUUGUGAGGACAAAUAGAUUAAGCCUUCUUCAUCCUGGCAGCUUGGAUUUUGACACUGUGAUUAAGUUGGAUGAGGUGGACGUAGUAAUUUUGGUCAAUGUCAGGGAAAAACUUAAUUCUAUAUGGCUUGAACAAGUCUUCAAAUCAGACAACUACUCGGUAUGUCCAUGCAAGCACAGCCCAUCCAACAAAGACAAGAACAUGCCCCAAUGCCAAACUGUCAAAGACAGGACCGUUGGAAUUAUGUGCAAUAUGGCAAGUUCUGGUUUGUUAUGGUGUUACUUAAUUGAUUCAAUAUGUGGCCUGCAGGCGCUCAUGGAUGCGAAACGGGUAACAGAGAAGUAUUUCACAGCUUGUGCAGCAAGGAACACAGUCCAAUGGACUCAAAUUAGGGAAGUAAUCUGGGAGAACCUUGACUUGGAUUUUCACCUUCUAUAA